AUCUUGUACGCACUAAAAGGAACAUUCAACUGACUACUGAUCACUUAAUCAAUGUUCAAUUCAGCACACUUCGAAAAAAAAGCCAUGUUCAAUUCAACACACUUGUUCAACGUAUCCUCCUUGUGUAACUGUAAACAUCAAGAGUACUAUUUAAUUAAGCUAUCAAUUCUCCAGUUUGGAAUAGAAAGCUGCCAAUUUCUCCAAGUAUAGGGAAAUCCGGCCCCCAGAACUAUAUAAGCCACACAGAACCUCGUUAGUCCCAUAUCUCAUCACAAGCCUCUACAUCGAGGGACAAGUAGACAACUGAAGAAGGCAGAGCAGAAGUCACACACAUAUAAAGUGCACAUGGCUCCUCAUGCUCUGUCUUGGAUCUGUGUAGCUCUACUUGUCGUGUUGGCAUCUUCAUCAUACGUUGGGGCAAGAGGUGCUCGGGCACCAAAAACAACCAACCCGACGGAUGGGUUCACGGCAGUGAGCCUGGAAGAGAGUAACUUUGAGCUGCAGAGACCGUACAACAAGGCGAGUGGAUCGCGGUAUAGCUUCGAUGGCACCGUGCGGAAGUUGUGGGUGCUUUCCUCUGACAAGCCUCAUGCCCGCCAGAGCCACACCAGCCCAAGAACAGAGAUCAGGAUGGAAGGAUAUGACUAUAGCUCAGGCGUGUGGCAGUUCGAGGGGUACGGCUAUGUCCCCUCCGGUACAUCGGGUGUGUCCAUCAUGCAGGUUUUUGGAGGCAGUGAGACGGCCACCACACUCAUGUUGCAUGUUUACAACGGCGCGUUGCGUUACUAUGAUAGGCAACUCGUUGAAGACAACAUCUAUGACCGUUGGUUUAAAUUGAACGUGGUCCAUGACGUCGAAGGGUCUAUGCUCACCGUGUUCAUCGAUGGCGAGGAGAAGCUGCAUGUGUCCGGCCGGGGUGGUGAUUCACACUACUUUAAGUUCGGAGUGUAUGCGCAGAACCACGACUCCAGCUUCAUGGAGUCUCGCUGGAAGGACAUCAAGAUACUAAAGAAAUAUUAGUAUUAGUAAAUUAAUGACAUGUUCAUUAAUUAUGUCUGCGUAUAUAUGUAUGU